AUGUCACCUGCGACAAGCCCCAAGAGCAAAGGAGACGGUUCAUUGUUAUUUUUGUCCUCACUUUCAAGGAAAAACGUCGAAUCCAACCUCCAUAUCCCACACCACAAGGUCUGCUGUCAUAAUCAACACGAAAGCCAAUGUAUUCAGCACAAACCCCGACUUCGAUCUCCAGAGUCGAGUGAAUACGAAGAGCACAACUACCACACUGGCCAUUACCAUACCCAAGCAAUCCACUCCAACGAGCAACAACAUCAUGCACCAGCAGUCAAGCACUUCCACCCGAAAGGCUCAAAUGACCCGUUUGACGGCAUCCACCAUCACGCUGCACCACCAGAUCGAGGCACCGGUGCUGGUGUUACCGUGUAUGACUCCAAGCCGCCGCGCUAUGCCUUUGCCACCGUUUUAACGGCGGGAAAUGACUUGGAGUAUCCGGAUAUAGAAGAGCCUUAUCUUCAAGCAGCACGACUACUCACCUUUCAACUACUCCGAAACCCACGCACGCGAAAUAGGAUCGAUAAUGUACCAUUUCUGAUCCUGGUCACACCGGAUAUAUCUCAAAAGCAUCGCGAUAUCCUGAGCAGAGAAGGAGCUACCGUAGUUCCGGUAGAGAAUCUUGACUAUGAUUGGGGUUCCUCGCAACACUGGGAUACCGUUCUCGCCAAGUUAAAUCUAUGGAAGCUUGACGAAUACGACAAAAUCGCAUUUCUGAACGUGGACUCUGUCAUACUCCGUCCAAUCUAUGAAAUCUUUGAAGAUCCUGCGACAACCAUGCGUGCCGCUACCAACCCUACCGGUAAAAUACCAAAGUACUAUAUGAUCGCCGCACCACAAGACACUCGGAUGAAAUUGAAUACGCAACUCGUGUCCGGUCAGGAGUUUUACCAGAAGAGCCACAUGGAUAAUGGGUUCUUUAUUCUACAUCCCUCACAUGAUCUCUACAACUACUACGUCAAUCUGCAUCACAUACUGGAUACAGAUGGCUCGGUUCGUCAUGAACAAAAUCUUCUUACCUACGCUCAUCGAGCAGACGGUCCCAUGCCUUGGCAACCCCUCGGUUCUGGGUGGAAUCUGAAAGAUGCAAGCCAGUCUGAUUAUGAAAAAGGAUUGAAAUCAAUCAAUCAUAAAUGGUGGCGCCCUUUCCCAGACGAUUUUAUAGGGGAUCGUAUCGCGAUGUCAAUGGAUGAGAUGAUUGCCUACUUGAAUCAUUGA